GUCUCGACUUGAAUCACUUGAGCUGUCCUGUUCUCAAAGUGAAGUUUCGAUUCUCUUGUUCACGAUAAUAGUUGCCCGCGGAUAUGACGCAAACAUGGACCUUUCCGGGAGUUGCCGUUGUCACAGGAGCCGGUGGUACAGGCAUCGGUGCAGCCACAGCAAAAGCGUUUGCUUCGGCAGGAUGUGAAAGAAUCGCAAUCACGGAUCUCAAUCCUGCCUCUUUAGAUCAGACCCGGGAGGCUAUUCUUGCUUCCUACCCUCAGACGCGUCUUCUAUUCAAGGCGGGCGACAUAUCCGAUGAAAGCUUUGUCGAGUCAUUCAUCCGCGAGGUGGUGGAUGCCUUUGGACGGCUAGAUUAUGCGGUCAAUUGCGCCGGAAUCCUAGGAGAUGCCAUGCGAACGACCGAGACAUCAACGGCGGUAUUUGACCAUAUCAACAACAUCAAUUAUCGGGGUGCUUGGUUCUGUUCUAGAGCAGAGUUGAGACAAAUGGUGGCACAAGCUCCCUUACCGAGCCAUGAUCCGAAUCGCGCUCCUCAGCGAGGGGCUAUUGUGAAUGUUGCAAGUCAGCUGGGCAUUGUGGGACGCCCUAGUGCUCCUGCGUAUUGUAGCUCCAAGGCUGCUGUCAUUGCGAUGACCCGCUCCGAUGCGAUCGACUAUUCUGCGGACGGCAUCCGUGUAAAUUGUGUUUGUCCGGGUGUAAUUGAGACCCCGAUGACAACGUACAGCGAGGAAAUUCGCGAGCACUUUCAGCCAGCAGUUGACAUUGCCCCAAUGAAGAGAAUGGGGAAGCCAGAAGAGGUGGCAGAUUCCAUACUUUUCUUGUGUUCGACUCUUGCCUCGUUUGUGCAAGGGCAUGCGCUUGUUGUCGACGGAGGAUAUGUAAUCAACUGA